CAUGAUCUUGAUACCAGGACUGUUCCACCAUUUUUCUACCACCAUGAUUGUGAUACCAGGACUGUUCCACCAUUUGUCUAUCACCAUGAUCGUGGUACCAGGACUGUUCCACCAUUUGUCUACCACCAUGAUCGUGGUACCAGGACUGUUCCACCAUUUGUCUACCACCAUGAUCAUGGUAACAGGACUGUUCCACCCUUUGUCUAUGACCAUGAUCUUGAUACCAGGACUGUUCCACCAUUUGUCUAUCGCCAUGAUCGUGGUACCAGGACUGUUCCACCAUUUGUCUUAUCACCAUGAUCGUGAUACCAGGACUGUUCCACCAUUUGUCUACCACCAUGACUGUGAUACCAGGACUGUUCCACCAUUUGCCUAUCACCAUGAUCGUGGUACCAGGACUGUUCCACCAUUUGUCUAUCACCAUGAUCAUGGUAUCAGUACUUUUCCACUAUUUUUCUAUCACCAUGAUCGUGAUACCAGGACUGUUCCACCAUUUGCCUACCACCAUGAUCGUGGUACCAGGACUGUUCCACCAUUUGUCUGUCAUCAUGAUCAUGAUGCCAGGACUGUUCCACCAUUUAUCUAUCACCAUGAUUGUGAUACCAGAUCUGUACCUUUCAGAGACACCUUAUUGCUACUGAAGUAAUUGCAAAAAUCCUGUUUAAAAGUAUUAAUAUCUAGUGAUCAAAUUAUCAUUUCCUAAACAUUUUAUUCAUUAAUCAUCACUGGCAGUGUCAAUUAUUAUAUUUAUAUCUCUACACUAGAAAUUUUCAAUUUUUACCGUAUCUUUGCUUUUCCUAGUUUCUGUUG